UCUAGAACAAAUAAAAAAUAAUUCGUAUGUACUCGUCGUUCUUUCAUCAUUUUUUUAGGAAGCAUAUUUCAAGGUUUCCAUUUUAGCGCUAAUAAAAAGGAAACAAACUGUUAACAAUGUGCGACGAAGAUCUACAAAGCGAAUUGAACAAAUUGGAAAUUGCUCCUCAAAUUCCACAAAUAAAGCUCUGCGACACCCAACUGCCAGUCUCUCUUAAUCCUUUCUACAAUGAAACUAGCCAAGAUGCGUCUGGCCAACUUGCAGCGGCCGAUGUUGUCUUCGGCGAUGUCAAGUGCAGUUGUCGAGUCCGUCGAAGGUCAGAGAGCAUUUUAGAUGAGUGUAAGUCGUCGAGCAACGCCAAUUCAGCAUUUGCCCGCAUUGAGCAUUCGAUCAAGAACCCUACACAGUUCAAACAUAAAAACCGAAAGAAAGUAUUGCUGCGGGAACCGAUUUUAAAGUCCCUGCAGAAAUGUCUGCAUCCGAAGCACCUCAAAGCAUUCGGUGACAUCCCGAAUCGGGUCUUAAAGAAGAGCACUUCCAAUGACAAUAUGGGAGAUGGCUUGAAUAAAUCCUGCCCAACAAUCGAAGCUCUGAAUGUUGAUGAUUCUUUGGGUUUUCUUAGAAUAGCUAAUGAAGAAGAACCUUCGACGUCGUCGGGUAGGAGAUCGUCUGGAAUAACUGAUUUCCGAGAUCUCAUUGCCGAGUGUCAAUCGUUAUUAGAAACCAAUUUCAGUUUCGAUAGUUGGAACACUACGAUUGCUUCAAGGAAAAGUGUCAAGCACUUUAGUACGAUGCAAUCGGCUGAGAAUCGGUCACAAAGGACAAGGCAUCAUAGUGAAAGAAGCUAUAAAACUCGGUCAGAUUUAGAUGAGUCGAAUAAAGAAGGGACAACGAAACAAAGUGGCAGCAACAAUGCUAGCACGUCAUGUUCCCAACAGGCUAGAAUAAAUGCAUCUACAGUGGCAACUGGAAAUCAUUCAUCUGGAGUUGUGGGUGCUGGUCCAACAUCACCGUGUGAUGUCACCAUAGAUGAAUUGGCAAGUUAUUUUGAAACUUUUGUUCACAUACCGAAAAAGAUGUCUUCAAUGGCUGAGAUGAUGUAUAUUUGAUCAUAAAUUUCUAACUAAUUUCUGUUCAAAUUGAACUUAAACUCGCCAAUUAAAAUGAUAUUCUAUAUAACUUCUUCUAACGUUUCUGUUUUUCUUGUAUGUAAAUGAAACUUUUAAUAAUGAGUGAACAUCAUUUAACGGUAUUUUAAAAUAAAAAUUUCUUUAUAUA